CAGUGCCUGCUUGCCUGCCUGCUUGCCUGCCUGCCGCGGUUGUGCCACCCGGUCCAGUCAGCCCAAAUUUAAACCUCUUCCUCCGCACCUUUCCCCCGACUCCCUUCUCUGGAUCUCCCCUUCAUCUCUUCUUCCAUCAACUAUCCCUCACUCUAUCCUGUCUCCCUCCAAUAUGAACAGCUCUGAUCCAGUGGAGGCGGCAGAGGUCGCCAAAUCGGCGGCCUACGCUCAUGACGCUGCUGCUGCUGCUCACGAUGAGAAGCAGAAGCAUCCGGCGUCCAAAGUGCAACCGGACAUUUCUUCCGAUGUUGACGUGAUUCAAGCGACCUCGGAGAAAGUCGCGGUCGGCUCAUCGGGCGCCGCCUACGAUGAGGAUACAUCGCUGCAGAAGGCGUUCCCUAACCCAGAGGAGAUGCAGACCCUGCGUCGUGUGGCUGGCAAAAUCCCCUGGACAGCCUACACCGUGGCUUUUGUGGAGCUGUGCGAGCGUUUCUCGUACUAUGGUACCACUGCAGUGUUCGUCAACUUCAUUCAGCGUCCCCUACCCGAAGGCUCCACCACCGGUGCGACUCAUGGAGUUGGAAACCUGGUGCCUGGUGCUCUGGGAAUGGGCCAACAGGCAUCCACAGGAUUGACUUUGUUCAAUGCUUUCUGGUCGUAUAUCAUGCCGCUGGCUGGUGCGUUCAUGGCGGAUCAAUACUGGGGUCGGUUCCGUACCAUCAUGUUUUCCAUCGGCGCUGCAUUGGUGGGACACACCAUCCUCGUCAUCUCCGCUAUCCCUCCUGUCGUCAAAAACCCCGAUGGAGCUAUUGCUUGCUUCUCGAUCGGAUUGAUUGUCAUGGGUAUCGGCACUGGUGGUUUCAAAUCAAACAUCUCCCCCCUGAUUGCAGAGCAAUAUCGAGAAGACACCCCCUACAUCAAAACCCUUCCGUCAGGCGAACGCGUUAUCGUCGACCCAUCUGCCACCGUUUCCCGCAUCUACCUCUACUUCUACAUGAUGAUCAACAUCGGUUCGAUUUUGGGUCAGGUCAGCAUGGUGUACGCGGAGAGAUAUGUGGGAUUCUGGCUAUCCUACCUCCUGCCCACGAUUAUGUUCACAUUCUGCCCGACUGUUCUGUUCCUCUGCCGCAACAAGUACUAUCUGGUCAAGCCGACGGGUUCAGUCUACCUCCAGGCCUUCCGCACCUGGAAGCUAGCUAUGAAAGGACGCUGGUCUCUCAACCCAGCCCGGAUCUUCCAGAAGAAUCCUAGGCCGUUCUGGGACUCGGUCAAGCCCAGCGCGCUCGGUGCAAACCGACCGGAGUGGAUGACCUUUGAUGAUGAAUGGGUGGACGAGGUAGCCCGUGGAUUGAAGGCUUGCAAGGUGUUCCUGUGGUACCCACUCUACUGGCUUGCGUACAACCAAAUGUUGAACAAUCUCACUUCGCAGGCGGCGACCAUGCAACUUGGCGGCGUCCCCAACGACAUCAUCAACAACCUGAACCCUCUGGCGCUGAUCAUCUUCAUCCCGAUCAUGGACCAGCUCAUCUACCCGGGUCUCCGUCGCAUUGGGGUCAAGUUCACGCCCCUGAAGCGUAUCACGGCCGGUUUCUUCGCGGCCGCUCUGUCGAUGAUCGCGGCGACGGUGACGCAACACUACAUCUACAAGCUGGGCCGGUGCGGCAAGCAGGCCAACUACUGUCUGGACGAGUACAACUCGCACUCUCCGAUCUCCGUCUGGGUGCAGGCGUUGCCGUACGUCUUGGGAGGUAUCUCCGAGAUCUUCGCUUCAGUGACCUCGCUCGAGUACGCGUUCACCAAGGCCCCGCGGAACAUGCGGUCCCUCGUACAGGCGGUCGCGUUGUUCAUGAACGCGUUCUCGUCGGCCAUCGGACAGGCGUUGGUCAGUCUGUCGGAAGACCCGCUGCUGGUAUGGAACUACACGGUGGUUGCGAUUUUGGCGUUCGUUGGCUGCAUUGGAUUCUGGGCGACGAACUACAAGCUGGAUCGCCAGGAGGACGAACUGAACAAUCUGCCCCAGAGCCAUUAUGAGGGGCGCGGGGAGGGCGACGUGGAGCGAUGAGAGCGUGGAGUUUGGGGGAAGUUGGCGAGAGAAUAGGGUAGUCAUUCAGCAAUAUACCCAUUAAUAUGAUGACAUGGUGAUUUACUUGGUCUUUUGCUUCUUUUUGUCGGGUGCAUCGCCUUCCGCUUCCUCAUCAUCGCCCACCUGUUGUUCGACUUCUUCUUCCUCGUCUUCCUCGUCUUCCUCAUCUUCGCCGUCUUCUCCUUCUUCCUCCUGAUAUUCCCCGUCAUCCUCAUCUAGUUCCUCGUCUUCAUUAUCCCCGUUAAUUUGCUCCUCUUCCUGUGUAUCUGUAUCUCCAUUCACCUUCGUAUCUUUCUUCACAUCCUUCUUCCCUUUAGUUGUGCCCUUAGCAGUGCCCUUAGCAGUGCCCUUAGCAGCACCCUUAGCAGCAUCCUCAUCCCCACCCCCACCCUCCUUAUCACCCUCCUCAUCUCCCUCAUCUUUCCCCACAUCC